CUUUUUGUGGGCUUUCCAAAGGGGGUUUUUUGGGUUUUGAUUUCGGACGAAAACAAUAGUCUGCUCUGCUCUGCUCUCUCUUCCCGAUUCUUUGGUUUUUUUGGGUUUUGGUUUGGUUUGCUUUGUUGGGUUUUGGAUAUGGCAUCGAUCUCUUUGAGCUUCAGACGAAGUUGAGAGCAGAAAUUGGAAGGGGAGAAAUGCUUCAGGUCACAGAUCAGGGUAUUAAGCUUUUUGGGAAGACUAUCCCGUUGCUGGAGAAUCAGAUUCCACAGGAAGCAGAGGUGAAAUCCGAUCCAGAAUUUGUGGAAUCUGAGGAGAUGGUGUCCAUGAGUGCAUGCACCAAAAAAAAAAAGGCAGAGGACGAUGGUGCUCCUACAGAGUCCAGGAACCAAGAUAAAUCUUCCAUCAUGGAUGAUGUUAAGGAAGGCAACCACCAAGCUCCCAUCAAAGAAGAGAAGAAUCAUGAUGAAAGCCAGGCUGAAACUGAUAUGGCAGUCCAAGAGAAAGUUCUUAAGAAGCCCGACAAGAUUCUUCCAUGUCCUCGAUGUAACAGCAUGGAAACAAAGUUCUGCUACUACAAUAAUUACAAUGUUAAUCAACCCAGACACUUCUGCAAGAAAUGUCAGAGAUAUUGGACUGCUGGUGGAACCAUGAGAAAUGUUCCUGUUGGUGCUGGAAGGCGCAAAAAUAAGCCCUCAACCUUACAGUAUCGUCAUAUGAUGAUGUCUUCUGAUGGAAUGCCAAGCACCAGCAUCGACGAUCCUGAUUCGGCAAAUCACCAAGUUGUUUCCUGUGAAGGGCCACCCACACUUUCAAAACCUUUGAAGGAAAAUGGAACAGUGCUAAAAUUUGCUCCUGAUGUACUUCAUCUCGGAGAACAGAAAAGGAAAAUUGAAAUGGAUAUGAUGGCUUGCAAAGAAAAUGGAGAGGAGCCCUCAUGUAAUUCUUCAAUGACAGUCUCAACUUGCGAUGAUAUUGAAAAACAUGAAAAUGUGGCACAGGUUGGUACAACAGAAUGUUGUAGUGGGCCUACUCCUACACAUCCUCUGCCUACUCCUACACAUCCUCUGCAAUGUCAUCCAGAUACACCUUGGGCUUACCCAUGGAAUCAUGGUUGGAAUGAUGUAGCUGCAAUUGCAGCAAGCCGGUGCUCCUCUGGGUUAGUUUAUGGACAGGAUAGCAGUAACCCUAGUCUGAUUCCGAUGCAAUGGGUCUCACCACCUAUGAUGUCAGGUCCCACUUUUUGUGCACCAAGUAUUCCCUUCCCAUUUGUGCCUUCUUCCUAUUGGGGUUGCAUGCUUAACUGGCCUCCAAGUGCAUGGAAUGUUUCAUGGCUUGGAUCUAAUGGUAGCCUCUCACCAUCAUCCUCUCCUAGCAACAACAACUAUUCUGAGAAUAACUCUCCAACAUUAGGGAAGCAUUCUAGAGAUGGAAGCGUACAUGGAGAAGAGAAACCGGAGAAGUGUCUUUGGAUUCCUAAGACGCUGAGAAUUGAUGAUCUUGAUGAGGCGGCAAAGAGUUCUAUUUGGGCUACUCUGGGUAUUAAUCCAAAUCAGAAUGAACCAAGAACAAAAGGAGGCAUUUUCAAAGCUUUUCAACCCAAAAUGGAAAACCAAGUUGCACCAGAUAGAGCGCAGAUGUUACAAGUAAACCCUGCAGCUUUUUCUCGCUCUCAGACAUUUCAAGAGAGCAUGUAACGGAUCUGUUCAUGGAAUUUUUCGUGAAAAAGCCGCUUAACUUUGGUUCACUCAUGCAUACUGACUGAACAUUUUGUUGUAUAGAGCAUAGCAUUUGGGAGUAGCUUUUCACUGAUAGUGUCUUUUAUGGCAGUGCUUUGUUUUCAUACUUGUUUGGAUGGUCAAGAGCCACCAUAAUCCACUAGGUUGGCAACACCAUUUAAAUUUGUUGAGUCUAUGCUGUAAAUAGUAGAGGGUAGUGGUGAGCUGUUUUAUAGUGCUUUUUUUGAUAUCUUAUCCAGACUAUAGAUUCUAGAUUUGCAAUUUCAUGCUUAUGUUUUUGUUUUUGAACCGGACGAGGGAAAUAAAGAUGCAAGUGCAAAUCACUUACCGUCCUUUUGUUUUCCUCUGGUCAUUUCGCCAUCA